AUGCGUGCUCUGCUGCGCGAUGGCGUCGCGCUCGGCUACCCGCGCUCGCCAGAGGUGGUGCGCGCGCGCGUGCCCAUCCUCAAGUACACUGACGCCGCCUCGCGCGCUGCGGUGGACGUGUGCAUCGACCAGGAGGGCGGCCCGCGCGGGUCCGCCUGGGUGCGGGGGAGGCUGCGAGCGCGGCCGGAGCUGCGCCCGCUCCUGCUGGCCGUCAAGCUGCUGCUGCGGAGGCAUGGCUUGUCCGAGACGUACACCGGCGGCGUGGGCUCGUACCUGCUCUUCGUGAUGGCGGAGCGGAUGCGCGACCCGCUCUGCGCGAGCGUCGACCUCGGAGCAAAGUGCUUCCGCUGGAGAGCGGCCGUCGCCCGCCGACGAGGGUGA